CAUAUGUUUAUGUCGAUGCGAUGUGUCAGAUGCUUUCGUGUUUUGAUUAGUGACAUUUCAAAGCAUAAUUAGUGAUAUUCAUUAUCCCAAUAAAUUAAAAACUGUUUACUUGAAAUCAGCUUAAAGAUGGAAGGAAAUAACGUGUUUUUUCGAUGCAUAAUGCUUUUUUAUUUCCGCAAAGGCAAGAACGCGACACAAACUCGAAAAAAAAUAUGUGCCGUAUACGGGGAAGAUGCCGUAAGUGAUCGCAUGUGCCAGAAGUGGUUUGCUAAAUUUCGUUCAGGAGAAAUGAAUAUUGAAGAUGCUCCUCGCUCUGACCGGCUAGUCACCACCGAUGUCGACCAAAUUACAGCUUUAAUCGAUUCCGAUCGGCAAAUCACAGUUCGGGAAAUCGCAGCAAGGUUAAACAUUGGCAAAUCAGUUGUUUCCGAACAUUUAAACAAGCUCCAGAUUAUAAAAAAGCUUGAUGUUUGGGUACCGCACGACUUAACUGAAAAAAAUCGUAUUGAUCGCAUUUCCAUCAGCGAUUUGCUAUACAAACGCAACGAAUACGAUCCAUUUUUGAAGCGUAUCAUAACAGGCGACGAAAAGUGGAUAAUUUAUAAUAAUGUCGAGCGUAAAAGGUCAUGGAGCAAGCGAGGUGAACCGCCAUCGAUCACUCCGAAGGCAGGUUUACAUCCAAAGAAGGUAAUGCUUUGCAUUUGGUGGAAUUGGAAAGAGAUAGUGUACUAUGAGCUACUACCGAACAACGAAACCAUCGAUUCGGACAAGUAUUGUUCACAGUUGGAUAAAUUGAAGGUGGAAAUCACCAAAAAGUGUCCGGAAUUGAUCAAUAGGAAAGGCGUCGUUUUUCAUCAUGAUAACGCCAGACCUCAUACAAGUUUACAGACUCGACAAAAAUUAUUGGCGCUUGGCUGGGAUGUUUUGCCUCAUCCACCAUAUUCCCCCGACAUUGCACCCUCGGAUUAUCAUUUAUUUCGGUCGCUACAAAAUUCAAUUAAUGGUUUAAACUUUGCUUCUUUGGAACUCCUCAAAAACUACUUGGACAGCUUUUUCGCCGAAAAACCCCAGGACUUCUACGAGAGGGGAAUUUUGAAAUUACCCAAAAGAUGGAAAAGUAUUGUGCAAAAUAAUGGUGCAUAUGUUACAGAAUAAAAUUACUUUUAACAAUAAAAAUUUGUCGUUUGAAUUUUGCUUAAAAAUCCGCA